AUGAUUAGGCAAUUAGCGCCACCAACUGCUUUUAUGACUCUCAGCGCCAAUGAAACUGGCUGGGAAAAUAUGUUGAAAUUAUUGUACAAAUUGAAAAACGAGGGAACGGAACUUUCAGAUGAGUUUUUAGCAGAAAUGAGUUAUGUGCAUAAAGCUCAACUUGUGAAUGAAGAUGCCGUAACUUGUGCUAUCUAUUUUAAUAAAAUGGUAAAGUGUCUGUUAAAAAUUUUGCAAUCAAAGAAAAGAAGUCCAUUCGGAAAAUAUAGAGUAAUACAUUAUUUCAAAAGAAUAGAAUUUCAACAUCGUGGUAGCCCACAUGCUCAUAUUCUUCUUUGGUUGGACAAUGUUCCUGAAGAUUUAUUAAGUAAUGAUCCCGAAGUAAUUAAAUUAAUCGACGAAUUAGUUUCUGUAUCACCGUCAGAGGCGUCUGGAAAUAUAAAACUAGUAACACACAAACACACAUUCACGUGUUAUAAAAAAAUGGAUCCUAAUAAAAAACAAGAAUAUCAAUUUGGUGCACCAUUUAUGCCUACAAAAAAAAACUAUUAA